AUGGCCACGGAGGGGGGAAACAUUACCCUGGUGUCUGAAUUCCUCCUACUGGGUAUUUCAGAUGAUGACAAGCAACAACAGCUGCUAUUCAUACUCUUCCUGAUCAUGUACCUGGUCACAGGCCUGGGCAACCUGCUUAUCAUCCUGGCCAUCACCACAGAUGCCCAUCUCCACACCCCCAUGUACUUCUUCCUGGCCAACCUGGCCUUCGUGGACAUUUGCUUCACCUCCACCACCAUCCCCAAGAUGCUGGUCAACCAUGUCACAGGACACAAAGGAAUCCCUUAUGGUGGGUGCCUGACACAGACUUUCUUUUUUGUGUGGUUUGGCAGCAUUGACAGCUUCCUUCUGGGUGUCAUGGCCUAUGACCGCUAUGCUGCCAUCUGUCACCCCCUGCAUUAUUCCUCGUUUGUGACACCACUGGUCUGUAUCCUCCUGGUGACAGCAUCCUGGACUGCAGCCUUGGGGAAUACCCUGACCCACACAUUGUCACUGACCCGCCUCUCCUUCUGCACCCACAAUCGGGUUCCUAACUUCUUCUGUGACCUCAGCACUAUGCUGAAGCUGGCCUGCUCUGACACCUUUUUCAAUUAUACAAUGGUGAACACAGUGGGGACCCUGCCGGUAUUUUUCCCCUUUGUGGGCAUCCUGGUCUCCUAUAUUCGCAUUGUUGCUGCCGUGAUGAGGAUCCCGUCCACAAAAGGCAAAUGGAAGGCUUUCUCCACCUGUGGCUCUCAUCUCUCUGUGGUGUCCCUGUUCUAUGGGACUAUCAUUGGGGCUUAUUUCAACCCCACAUCCUCCCACUCAGCCCAGAAGGACACAGCUGCUGCAGUGAUGUACACUGUGGCCACGCCCAUGCUGAACCCCUUCAUCUACAGUUUUCGCAACAAUGACAUGAAGGGUGCUUUUGUAGCCCUCAUGAGGAAGAAGCCAGCCUUUACUUCAUGUCUGUCACCAUCCUAA